AUGAUCAAUAUUUACACUGCAAAUGAAGACUGAUAUCCUGCAUUUCAUAAUACAACCUUGAUAAAGGUAGGGUACGUGGGAUAAUAGUGAACAUGCCUCUAAAACUCUACUAUGAUCUGGGAUCCCAGCCAUCCAGGGCUGUGUACAUGUUUUUAAAAAUCAACAAUAUUCCUUUUGAAGAAGUGUUUGUUUCCAUUGGAGCAGGUGAACACAGACAAGAAGAAUUCACGAAAAUUAAUCCUUUCCAGAGAGUCCCCGUCAUUGAUGAUAAUGGAUUUAUUCUAACAGAAAGUGUAGCUAUACUGAAGUAUCUAGCGAAGAAGUACAAUGCACCCAGUCAUUGGUACCCAGAAAAUGAUGUGGCAACAGUUGCCAGGAUUGACGAGUACAUGAACUGGCAACAUACGAACACAAGAAACAUGUGUGCCAUGCUCUUUCAAAACUUGCUUUUGAUUCCAAGAAUGAGACGCAAGCCUAUCGAUUGGGAUAAGGUUAAAUUUUAUCGUAAGAAAGUGGUCGAGGUGGUCAAGCUUUUGGAUGAGUAUUUUCUUCGAGACCAUUUAUUUCUCUGUGGAAAUGAAAUCGCGUUGGCGGAUCUUCUUGGCGUUUGUGAGGUGGUGCAGCUCUACCCAGUAUGUGAGGAAGGAUUAUAUGAAAGCAACCCGAAAGUCAAAGCAUGGAUUGAGCGUGUCAAACAAAGACUGGGGUCCGUGUAUGAUGAGGCUCACGAGGUUAUAUUUGGGAUGAGGGGCAUGUUCGACAACAAUGUGAACUCCAAGAUGUGAUUUGAUAAGCUGUAUACUCAAUGUUAAAUUAA